CUUCUGCAAGCCCCCGGCAGAGCACAGCGCCCCCUCCUGUGCAGCUCCCAGCUCCCAGCGCGCACUGAGUGGUCCCCGAUUGGGAGCUGGUCACACCGCAGGUUCCACGCUCUUCCGAGACACGCGGUGAGUGCGUUAGCCGGGGUAGGGGCACGUUUUAUCCAUCUCUGUGUUUUAUAAAUACUUAGUGACAAGAUCAAAGCAAGAAGGGCUUUUCCCUCGCUAGAAAUGACCCUCGCAGGCCACCACCAUCCGUACGGCUGUGUGGGGCCGCCCACAGCACCCACUUCCGGCUUUGGGCUGGAUAGACCAAAAGUGGAGGCGGGGGAGGUACAGGUCCCGGCCCACCACGCAAGCCCCUUUCUACCCGACCUGGCCAGCGUUGCCAAAACAAAGGGGAUUUGGCGAUGGAGGCUUUGUUGGAAGGAAUACAAAAUAGGGGGCAUGAUGGGGGAUUUUUGACAUCCUGUGAAGCAGAACUGCAGGAGCUCAUGAAACAGAUUGACAUAAUGGUGGCUCAUAAAAAGUCUGAAUGGGAAGGGCAGACACAUGCUUUAGAAACGUGCUUGGACAUCCGUGAGCAGGAACUUAAGUCUCUUAGGAGUCAGUUGGAUAUGAAACACAAAGAGGUUGGAAUGUUGCGUCAACAGGUAGAAGAAAAUGAAAAAGUCAAGCAGGAGAUGGCCAUGGACUAUAAGCAGGAGUUAAAGAAACUACAAGAAGAAUUAGGCAGACUGAAGAGAAGUUAUGAAAAACUACAGAAAAAGCAAAUAAGGGACUUCAGAGGCAAUACCAAUAAUCACAGGGAAGAUCGAUCUGAAAUUGAGAGGUUAACCGGAAAAAUAGAGGAAUUUCGUCAAAAAUCAUUGGACUGGGAGAAGCAACGUUUGAUUUAUCAGCAACAGGUAUCGUCUCUGGAGGCUCAAAGGAAAGCUCUGGCUGAACAAUCAGAGAUCAUUCAGGCUCAGCUUGCCAACCGGAAACAGAAAUUAGAGUCUGUGGAGCUGUCCCGCCAGUCAGAAAUUCAGCACCUGAGCAGUAAGCUCGAGCGGGCCAAUGACACCAUCUGUGCCAAUGAGAUGGAAAUAGAGCGCCUCACCAUGAGGGUCAAUGACUUGGUUGGAACCAAUAUGACUGUUGUACAAGAGCAGCGGCAAAAAGAAGAAAAAUUGAGGGAAUCUGAAAAAUUGUUAGAGGUUCUGCAGGAAGAAAAGAGACAGUUGAAGGCAACUCUUCAUUCUCAAGAAAAUGUCAUCCAUGAGACAAAAAUGCAAAAGGAGACUCUACAAGCAAAAUUAAGGGCAACCGACAUUCAACACACAGUAGAGGUCAUAAGGUCACUGGAGGAGUCUCAGACUGAAAGGCAGUACACCACGCACGAUCAGGACUUAGACAACGUGCUCUCCCAGCUGGAUUUGACCCACACCAGUGAGGAGCUUCUGCAGGCAGAGGUGACUCGUCUGGAAAGCAGCUUGGAAUCUGUGAGUACAACAUGUAAACAGCUGAGCCAAGAACUAAUGGAAAAAUAUGAAGAAUUGAAGAAGAUGGAAGUACAUAACAAUGAGUACAGGGCAGAGAUUAAGAAGUUGAAAGAACAGAUUUUGCAGGCUGACCAGAGUUACAAUUCUGCACUCGAAGGAAUGAAGAUGGAAAUCUCCCAGUUAACUCGGGAGUUACAUCAGCGAGAUGUCACUAUUGCUUCUGCCAAAAGUUCUUCCUCCGACAUGGAAAAGCGACUCAAAGCAGAGAUACAAAAGGCAGAAGAGCAAGCAGUAGAGCACAAGGAGAUUUUGAAUCAGCUGGAGUCACUCAAGUUAGAAAAUCGUCAUCUUUCUGAAAUGGUGAUGAAACUGGAAGUGGGUUUGCAUGAGGCAAAAGGGAUUUCACUAGCAGACCUCCAGGAGAAUUAUAUUGAGGCAUUAAAUAAAUUGGUGUCUGAAAAUCAGCAACUACAGAAAGAUUUGAUGGAUACCCAAUCUAAGCUGGAGAUUUCUACUCAGAUGUGCCAAAAAAACCAUGACAUGCUUUUAAAACCGACACACAGCAGAACACCUGGGUUCAAGAAUACAGAGUUCAAGCCAUCCCAUGGCCAGCACAGGCAUGAUGGAAUGAACACUGAGCACUACAAAGCAGGUCUUCAUUCUGCACGAGGACACGCGCCAGAUAGGGUAGAGCCCGUGGCCAGGGCCCUCAGCUCUGUGAGCUCUCACCUGAGCCCUUCCAGCUCCUUCAGCUCUGUGCCUUCCAACUUUCUGUACAAAGCCCACUCGUUGCCUUCAGUGCUAGAUCCAAGUGAAGUCCUUUUUUCUGACACUAUCUCUGAGAGUGUAAAUGACCGAGAGGCGUCUAUGUGUUCGUGUACCUCGCCUGUGUCUCCCCUGGGUUCAAUAGCUACAAGGUUUUUGGAGGAGGAGGAACUUCGGUCUCAUCAUAUACUCGAGCGUCUGGACGCCCACAUUGAGGAACUGAAAAGAGAGAGUGAAAAGACAGUGAGACAAUUCACAACCUUAAAGUAGCUUCUUCAGGAAAAUCACAAACUUGGAAAUAAAAACAGACACACAAGAGUUACUGUCAUCUGAAGUAGUAGCUCUUAAAACAUGGAGAUAUAAAAAUCAUAGCGCUGUUGUGAAGAGAUCUGAAAGACGGAUCCUUCUCCAAGGCAUUUCCACCGCAUGGUCUGUUUUGAAGGACCUUUCCCAGCAACUAACUUUUGUAAGAAUAAACCACUUUGCUAGA